AUGCAUUUCACCAAGACUAUUCUUCGCGUCUGUGUCGCUUUACAAGUCGUCUUCCAGGGCGCGUCCGGUGCGAUCCUCCGUGGACGGACUAGCGGUGCUGAGUCCGCUCAGCUUUCAGCAAGCGACCUUGAUACGUUGAGCCUAGCUGCCGAGGACCUCGAUAAUCAAGUGGACAGCUUUCUAAGGAACUGGGGCGGUGGCCAUCGCAAACCCGACAUUGUUGAAAUUGCGAACCUCGCGAAGAGGCAAGCCAGCAGCAUCCAGAUCUCCCCAGAGGACCUUCAGAAUCUCCUGAAGCUCAUUCAGUCCAUUGAGCGGCAGCUUGCGGCCAUCAUUGCGUCUGGAGGUAGUUCGGCAAGCGGAACUGCCUUGCCACCUCCGUCCGGCACGGUCAGCAACCCGGAUCCGACCAGUUCGUCGCCGGUGCAGUCAGACGUACAGCCGACCGCCACUGGAAAUGACCCAGCCGGCUCCGGUACGACAGUCACUCAAACCUUCACUGAAUACGUGUAUGAGGACGGUUCAUCGGCGGUGCCCCGAGUCGUUCGGUCUGCAGUCGAGGUCGACGAGGAUGAGACCGAGGACUCGGAUCCCGGUACAUCACAGGAUCUCGAGCAAGACGACGAUUGGGAGCCUUGGGUCGAGUUUGACGGAACGACGGUAGAAGAGGACGGCUCGGAUGUUGGAUUCACUACGCGCAACACCUGGGCUUCCCUGGGGGUGACACGUCGUGAUCCGGGAGGUGUCCCCGCCAAUGCUGAAUCCCUCUUCGUUCGUGACGAAGAAAAUCUAUGA